AGCGCCGGGGUAGGGAGGUGCACACGCCACAGCACUGCAACUCUGCCAAGACAAGAGACAGGAGAGGAGUUUGAGCGCAAAAGACAAAGAAAAGCAGGUUGGUCAACAGUAGUGGAUAUCGCCAAAACUGGGAGAAGAGAACGGAUUUGUCCUGAGAGCUUUGAGUCAAUUUGGACACAGAAUAAAGAGGAUUUACCCAGGAAGAAAAAGAAGAAGAAGUGGUAGAGGUGAUCAUGCUGGUGAAAGGUUAUGGGACAGGGGUACUAAGCGCUCCCCUCUGGAAGUGCCUCUGGUUUCUGCUUCUCCCCGUGCUUCUCCUGGACAAAGCCGGUGCCUGUCCAGCCCUCUGUACCUGCAGCGGGACCACGGUGGACUGUCACGGGCUCGGACUGAAAACCAUGCCGCGGAAUAUCCCUCGCAACACUGAACGCCUGGAGCUGAAUGGGAAUAAUCUCACUCGCAUCACCAAGACUGACUUUGCCGGGCUGAAGUACCUCAGAGUUCUGCAGCUGAUGGAGAAUCAGAUUACUGUGGUUGAACGAGGGGCUUUUGAUGAUAUGAAAGAACUGGAAAGACUGCGGCUGAACCGUAAUCAACUACAGCAGCUCCCUGAGUUACUGUUUCAGAAGAACCCAGCCCUGUCUCGCCUAGAUCUGAGUGAGAACUUGAUCCAGUCAAUCCCCAGAAAAGCAUUCAGAGGAGCCACGGACAUAAAAAACCUUCAGCUGGAUAAAAACCACAUCGCUUGCAUUGAAGAUGGAGCAUUUCGAGCGCUGAGAGGUUUGGAAGUGCUAACUCUAAAUAACAACAACAUCAGCAGCAUCCCUGUCUCCAGCUUUAACCACAUGCCUAAACUACGAACCUUCCGUCUCCACUCCAACAACCUCAACUGUGACUGUCAUCUGGCCUGGCUGGCCCAGUGGCUGAGACAGAGACCCACCAUCGGACUGUUCACCCAGUGCACUGGUCCUGCAGAGCUCAGAGGCCUGAAUGUGGCUGAAGUGCAAAAGCAUGAGUUCACAUGCACAGGUCACCAGGAGUCUUCGAGCUCUCAGCCCUGCAGCACCGGGGGAGGCUCCUGUCCUGCUAUGUGCACAUGCAGCAACAACAUUGUGGACUGUCGAGGCAAAGGUUUAACAGCCAUCCCUGCAAACCUGCCCGAGACAAUGGCCGAAAUACGUCUGGAGCAGAAUGGGAUCAAGUCCAUUCCUCCCGGAGCAUUCUCUCCAUACAAGAAGCUGCGUAGGAUAGACCUGAGUAACAACCAGAUUUCUGAGAUUGCUCCUGAUGCCUUCCAGGGACUGCGCUCGCUCAACUCUCUUGUGCUUUAUGGAAAUAAAAUCACGGACCUGCCCAAGGGGGUGUUUGACGGCCUGUAUGCCCUUCAGCUGCUGUUGCUGAAUGCCAAUAAGAUUCACUGCGUGCGUGCCAACACCUUCCAAGAUCUGCAGAAUCUCUCACUGCUCUCGUUGUAUGACAACAAGAUCCAAAGCCUUGCCAAGGGCACCUUCACUUCACUCAGAGCUAUACAGACCCUCCACCUGGCCCAGAACCCAUUUAUUUGUGACUGUAACCUCAAGUGGCUUGCUGACUACCUUCGUACAAACCCAAUUGAGACAAGUGGUGCCCGCUGUGCCAGCCCUCGCCGUCUCGCCAACAAACGUAUUGGACAAAUUAAGAGCAAGAAAUUCCGCUGCUCAGCCAAAGAGCAGUACACAAUCCCUGGUGCAGAGGACACCCGUCUGAACAACGCCUGUAACAGUGAUCCAGUUUGUCCUCCGAAGUGUCGCUGUGAGUCAAAUGUGGUCGACUGCUCCAACCUGAAGCUCUCCAAGGUCCCUGAGCACAUCCCUGCCUCCACUGCUGAACUUCGUCUCAAUAAUAAUGAGAUCACAGUUCUGGAGGCAACUGGAGUGUUCAAAAACCUCUCCCAGCUAAAGAAAAUCAACCUCAGCAACAACAAAAUCACUGAGAUUGAAGAUGGAGCGUUCGAAGGUGCGUCCUCCGUAAAUGAACUGCACCUCACGGCCAAUCAGAUCGACUCUGUUCGUAGUGGGAUGUUCCGGGGUCUUGAGGGUCUACGUAUGUUAAUGCUGAGGAACAAUAAGAUCAGCUGUGUGCACAAUGACAGCUUCACGGGAUUACACAACGUCCGUCUUCUGUCUCUGUACGACAACCAGCUGACCACCAUCACUCCUGGUGCCUUUGACACGCUGCAGACACUGUCAACACUCAACCUUUUGGCCAACUCUUUCAACUGUGACUGCCGCCUGGCCUGGCUCGGCGAUUGGCUCAGAAGCAGGAAAAUAGUGACUGGGAACCCUCGCUGCCAGCGGCCGGCGUUUCUCAAAGAGAUUCCCCUGCAGGAUGUGGCUCUGCCUGAUUUCCGCUGUGAAGAGGGCGAAGCGGAGUUGAGCUGCGUGCCUCGGCCUCAGUGUCCCAGCGAGUGCACUUGUGUGGAGACUGUUGUUCGCUGCAGUAACAAGCAUCUCCAUAUUCUUCCAAAAGGCAUCCCCAGAAAUGUGACAGAACUCUAUUUGGAUGGAAACCAGUUUAGUGUUGUGCCAAAGGAGCUGUCUACAUUUAAGUAUCUUCAGCUGGUUGACCUGAGCAACAACAAGAUCAACUCCCUGACCAACUCGUCCUUUGCCAAUAUGAGCCAGCUCACCACACUAAUCCUGAGUUACAAUUCCCUGCGCUGUAUCCCCAGAAUGGCAUUCAGUGGGCUGCACUCCCUUCGGCUGCUGUCUCUUCAUGGCAAUGACAUUUCUGAACUCCCAGAGGGCAUCUUCAAUGAUGUGGGCUCCCUUUCCCACUUAGCAAUUGGUGCCAACCCACUGUACUGUGACUGCCGGCUGCGAUGGCUCUCUGACUGGGUAAAGACUGGCUACAAAGAGCCUGGUAUCGCCCGCUGUGCCGGGCCACAGGACAUGGAUGGCAAACUACUACUGACUACACCUGCGAAAAAGUUUGAAUGCAACGAUGAGGUGGACACUGCUGUGCUGGCCAAGUGCAACCCAUGUCUGUCUAAUCCAUGUUUGAAUCAUGGCAUCUGCCACAUUGACAUAGCAGACAUCUACAGUUGCAGCUGUCCUCCAGGUUUUAAGGGGAAGAACUGUGAAACUGCUCUUAAUGCCUGUGUUAGUAACCCCUGUGCCAACGGAGGAACCUGUAAUGUCGAUGAGGAUGAAGAUGGAAAAUACAGCUGUAUGUGUCCACUGGGCUUUGAGGGCCCACGGUGCCAAAUCAACACUGACGACUGUGAUGACAACGACUGUGAAAAUGGAGCAACAUGCAUUGAUGGAGUCAACAACUACACUUGCCUCUGCCCUCCCUACUACACAGGAGAGAUGUGUGAAGAAAUUGAGGAUGUGUGUGCCCCAGGACGAACCCCCUGCCAGCACCAGUCUACCUGCCUCAUCACAUCUAAUGGGCCCAAGUGUGUGUGUUCUCCUGGGUAUGUUGGUGAUGACUGUAGCAUAGAUUAUAAUGACUGUGGGGAGCACCGCUGUCAGAAUGGGGCUCAGUGUGUGGAUGAACUCAAUGGGUACUCAUGCGCCUGUCUGGAGGGUUACAGUGGUCAGUUGUGUGAGGUCGCCCCUUCACUGGUCUCUCUGUGUGAGCUGGCAGACUGCCAGAACGACGCCCCUUGUGUGGAGCAGGGAGGUCGUGCCAUUUGCCAAUGUCCACCCGAGUUUGGGGGACCACGCUGUGAAAAAUUGGUCAGUGUCAACUUUGUGGAUAGAGAUUCAUACUUGCUGCUGUCAGAUCUACAGAACUGGCCUCAAGCCAACAUCACCCUUCAGGUGUCCACAGCUGAGGAUAAUGGUAUUCUGCUGUAUAAUGGAGACAAUGAUCAUAUUGCCGUGGAGCUUUUUCAGGGUCAUGUUAAAGUCAGCUAUGACCCGGGCAGUCAGCCUGGACAUGCCAUCUACAGCACUGAGACCAUCAACGAUGGCCAAUUCCACACGGUGGAGCUGGUGACCUUUGACCAGAUGGUGAACCUGUCUAUUGAUGGAGGUCUCCCAACCACAAUGGACAGCUUUGGGGCGGCGCGGCCCCUCAACGGGGAGGCUCCACUUUAUGUGGGGGGUAUGCCCGUGGAUGUUCACUCUGGAGCUUUUCGACUGUGGCAGAUUCAGAAUGGCACCAGUUUCCAUGGAUGUAUCCAGAACCUGUACAUCAACAAUGAGCUCCAGGACUUCACCAAAACUCAGAUGAAGCCCGGUGUGGUGCCAGGCUGUGAGCCCUGUAAAAAGAUCUACUGUGUGCACGGUAUCUGCCAGCCCGACGGUUUCCAUGGGCCGGUGUGCCACUGCCAGCCUGGCUGGAUUGGACCACACUGUGACCAGCCCUCCACCAACCCCUGCCAGGGCAGCAAGUGUGUCCACGGAAAGUGUAUCUCACUGGAUAGUCAAUCGUAUCGUUGUGAGUGUGAGGAGGGGUACCGUGGUGCACUCUGUAACCAACAGGGGGAGCUGUUUAAUCCAUGCCGUCACUUGACCUGCAAGCAUGGGCGCUGCCAAAUUUCUGACACAGGGGAUGCCUACUGCCAUUGUGAAAGUGGUUACACAGGGGAGCUCUGUGAUGCAGAGUCUGAGUGCCGAGGGGAGCCUGUGAGAGACUUUUACCAGGUGCAGCGAGGGUACACCAUCUGUCAGACGACCCGCAUGGUGUCCUGGGUCGAGUGCUCCGGAGUGUGUGACUCUGGAGCCUGCUGCGCCAGUCAGAGAAUGAAGCGUCGGAAAUACACGUUUGAAUGCAGUGAUGGCACUUCGUUCACUGAGGAGGUAGAAAAGACCAUUAAGUGUGGCUGUGUGGGCUGUAUGUAGCACAUUCAACUACAGCCCGCUCCCAGCUGCUGUGCAGAAGAAGAAAAAGAUAUAAGGAGACAAGAUGGAAUCAAGUGAAGGAGGAGAAGAAAAAGUAUAAAGAAUAUUUACAAACCUUUAUUCAUAUGUUAGAGACAAUGUAAAAUAGAACAAUUCCUCCCCUUCUAAGGGUGUGCAAACAUCAGCAUCUUAGACCAACAUAACUUCAGCAUCCUUCCAAUGGUUCAAGAUCUCAAGAUGUAACAGUGUGGCAUCAGCCAGCACCCAGUGUCACCUACCUAUCCAUCCUCUCAAAUUGGUGAAGUGAGGAUCCGGUCGGGUUUGACAGAAGCUGCAGACGGACUCAGAGAGAAUCAUGAGCUGAACUGUGUGUUUUGUCUGGUUUUACCAGGACUGGAGUUUGUGGUGUCAUUGUUUCUUUACAGUCUAUGCUCUGCAUGUGCACAUGAAGAAAGACAGAUGUUGGAGACGGGCACAUGUGGUGCAUGUGUGUGGAUGGAGCCAGAUGUCAGUGGUGCAGGCUCCUUCAUACACUUAACACAUGCAUGGCAUCGCCACAUAACACAUAUAGCUCUCGUGCGAGGCCUUGUUACUUAAAACUAUUACUUUCAACAGAAAUAAAGCGGUGCUAGCAGUGAACCACCCCCUGCAUGCAGUGCCAUCGGGAUUUAGAUGAAUGACCGAACCCUUUGUGGAGCUGGUGUUUUUGAGGGAGCUCCUAAUGCCUGUAGUGUAAUAAGAGUGCAAACUGCUGCAUGUCAAGAAGGUUUGCCAACAAACAAGUAGAACAUCUUUGAAUUAAAAAAAAGUUCAUUUAAAACAAAAUGGAUACUGAGACAUUUCUCUUAUGUUUGUUUUGUUAUGUUCUGCAAUUUCCUUUAUUGAUUUGUUUGUCUUUCCAUCUAAAUGAUGUAACUCCUUUAGCCUUUUGCCCCAGUUGUCCUUUCUAUAGAAAUUAAAUCCUAACAGAUAUUAAUAUAUAUACAUACUAUAUAUUUGUAUUUCAUUUUGGUAUAGUAUUUUACUAUGUUAAAUCGUAUGUCUGUUUGUGACAGGUGAAUUGCAUUUGGGUUGUUUUUGUUGUUUUACUAAUUUCACAAAAGGUAAUGAAAGAAACUCGCGCCAUGUGCAGCAGCUGCUCUUGUUGUUCUUCAGUAUAGAGGCAGUAUUGGUCUACUCUAGAAAUAUGUUAAUAAUGAUGUAUAUGUUGUCUUCCAUGUGAAUAUUACACCUAAAAGUGAGAGAGAGUGCUUUGUUUUAUUUAUUUCUGUAUUGACAUUUUUAUAAAGUUGUUGAUUUAUUUGGUUUUCUGAAAAAAAUUAAAAGUAAAAAAAAAAAAAAUCUUAAAACAAUAUCCUACAACUCUGUAAAGUAUUUGACUGUGUUUGCAGAUUACAACAGUAUUUUAUUCCUCUCAGACAUUCCUUAUUUUACUGUGAGCGGUUACAGAGAGGAGAAUGUCCCAUGUUAGUACAUUGUAAAUAUACCUCACUUGUCUGCUUCUUUUUUUUUUUUACAUCAUUUGUUGUUUAUACCUUUUAAAAAAGUUUGCCAUUGAGAGGAAUAUUAUUUUCUAUAUUGUGGAGUGAAGCUCAACAGAUUGUAAGCUGCUGUCAAGACAGAAGAGUUCAAAAGCCUGUGUGGACACUGAAUAUGCUACUCAUCUUCUACAUUUAAACAGGACACUGAGGGACAAGCCUUUGGUGGACUGCUGACAGACACACUCAAAGCUCUGGACAUUUCCGUGUCUGUCACAUCUGAAUGGCUGUUCACAAACUGGACAUGCUGCCAAGUACACUACACCCUGAAUGUAUAAAUGUGUAUAGAUAAAUAUAAUGCUUAUCCAUCAACUUUAGCUGUCAUCUUGUUCCUAAUCAUUGAUCUCACUGUUUUAAAAUUCACUGGCUUAAGAGAGUGACAUUGCGUUUCUAUUCUGCUAACCCCUUAUGUAAAAAAAAAAAAUAUUGGUACCACAACACAUUACAGCGUUCCCAUUAGUUACUUUGUUAUUGAUGUGAUACUGUGGUGUGCAAUAUCAAAAGGGUCACUGUAAAUCUUAAGCUGUGCUCCUUCUAAAGGUACGACUUUAGUCAGAUGUGGCUUGCCGCUCCGCCUGCACUGUACUGCAUAUACUGUAUGUGCAUCCAACUAUCUGGUAGACAUCUUAGUGGUGCUUGUGCUAAUGAAAUAAUGAAUUCAUGAUCCAUUACUGAUAGCGAUUUGGUAAGGUGGCCAACCAGUUUCUCCAUCAUAUGAACUAUUUACAUAGAUGUUAUUGUAAAUGACACAAUGUUUCAUGUGUAGUGAAUUGUUACAAAGAAAAAGUCCUGUUCUAAUUUUGUCUAUUUUGUUUAUUUUGUGUUACAGGAUUGAUUGUGGGAUUGAACUAAAACUAUCCCAGUAAUGCUGAAUGUACGUAGUGCCACCGACAAAAUGUUUACCAAACCUCCACCUUUUCAUUAAUUAAAACAAUUAUGUGUGCUUGG